CACCCCAUUUCGGAGGUAAGGGCAAAGGAGGCCCGACUCAAGCACUGGGUUCUACACAGUUCCCCGGUUACCCCGGUAAAAGUGGAUCGUCUUAAAUUUUUUCUGCACGGCUAUGACUCUGCGUUAGCUUCUUAUCUUAUUGACGGUUUUCGUUUUGGUUUUCGAGUUCAUUUUGUUGAUGAACGGCUGUCUUACGAAUCUCCUAAUCUUAAAAGCGUUAUAGAUCAACCUAAUUUAGUUAAAGCCAAGUUAAGUAGGGAAUGCGCGGCUGGGAGAAUUGUUGGUCCUUUUACAACCCCGCCCUUUCCUAAUUUUCGUACAUCCCCUUUAGGCAUUGUACCCAAAAAAGAUCCAUUCGAAUGUCGUCUCAUUCAUCACUUAUCUUACCCCGAGGGUGCUUCGGUCAACGACUUCAUUCCUGACAUUUACUCCACAGUGAAAUAUGCGUCUGUCGGUGAUGCAUCCAAGUGGAUUAAGCGCUUAGGGCGGGGUUGUUUCAUGGCCAAAACAGAUGUUAAGUCUGCAUUUCGCAUAAUUCCUAUUCACCCUGCUGAUUAUUCCCUGUUAGGUUUGAAGUGGGAAAACUUGUAUUAUUUUGAUAGGACUUUGCUGAUGGGAUUGAGUUCGAGCUGUGCUAUAUUCGAAGCUGUAUUGACGGCACUUGAGUGGAUUUCUAUUCACCAUCUCGGAGCUAAGUCCAUCUUACACAUUUUAGAUGAUUUUCUCUUCAUUGCGCCAACCAAAGACCAAUGCACAGCCAACUUGUGGAAUUUUGUUUCUUUGUGCGAAUAUAUUGGCGUUCCUCUCGCCCCCGAGAAAACAGUAGGUCCGGAUUCAGUUUUGCAGUUUGCAGGAAUAAUUUUGGACUCCGCUCACAUGGAGGCGCGACUUCCAGACAAUAAGCUGGCUAAAUGUCGCCAGAUAAUGACUGUUUUUCUCGCUUGUAGAUCUGAAAAGAGCUUCAAUCACUCAUAG